AUGAAUAUAUUUCGGCUAGCCGCGGACCUGGCACAUUUAGUUGCCAUCUAUAUUUUAGCAUUUAAAAUGUGGAGUACACGAUCAGUUGCGGGAAUAUCAGGGAGGUCCCAACUUUUAUUUACAGCUGUUUAUACUUCUCGAUAUUUGGAUCUUUUUACUAAUUUUCUUUCUAUCUACAAUUCAGCUAUGAAGAUUUUCUUUUUAAUCUCAUCAUUUGGAACAUUGUAUUUGAUGUGGUUUAAAUUCAAAGCAACUUAUGAUCGAAAUCACGAUACAUUUCGUAUUGAAUUUUUGGUGAUUCCUUGUGCAAUAUUAGCUUUGCUCAUCAAUCACGACUUUACUGUCAUGGAAAUUUUAUGGACUUUCUCCAUUUAUUUGGAGUCCGUUGCCAUUAUGCCACAACUUUUUAUGCUUUCUCGUACUGGAAGCGCUGAAACGAUUACUGCACAUUAUUUGUUCGCUCUGGGAUCUUAUCGCGCACUAUAUAUAUUGAAUUGGAUUUAUCGUUACUAUGCAGAAGGCUUUUUCGAUCCCAUAUCUGUCAUAUCUGGUGUUGUUCAAACUGUUUUGUACGCAGAUUUCUUCUAUCUUUAUAUCACACGCGUGCUGCGCCAGAAGCGUGGUUUGCAACUGUCGGCAUAA